AACAAAACACCUGCCGCACCUGCCACGCCUGCCGCGCCUGCCGUGGGUGCCAAGCGCGCAAGAGGCGACUCUGACUCUGAGGAAGAGGUUGCUAAACCGGCCCCCAAGAAAGCUAAACCGGCCCCCAAGAAAGCUAAACCAGCCUCCAAGAAGGCCAAACCGGCUACCAAGAAGGCCAAACCGGCCUCUAAGAAAGCUAAAGUCGAUACUCAAGAUGAUGAUGAUGACGGCGACGACGACGACGACGACGACGCACAGACUCCGGAGCCUCCGAAGAAGAUGGUCUCCGUCAUCAAGAGAGGCGCAGCGCCUGUUGAUCCCCAGAGUGGAUACGUCGCCACGCAUCAAGUCUAUGCUUCUGGUGGGCAGGUCUGGGAUGCUAUGAUGAACCAGACGGACGUAGGGAAGAACGCAAACAAGUUCUAUGUGAUACAAUUAUUGCACCCCAUUGGCAACCACUCUUCUAUAAUUCUCAUCACUCGGUGGGGUCGUGUUGGUGAGAGCGGAUCGCAGCAGGUCAAAGGUCCAUUUCCGCCCGCUGCAGCGGUUGAUGAGUUCAAAAAGCAAUUCAAGUCCAAGACGUCCACUGCUUGGGAAAAGAGGCAUGGCAUGACAGCCAAAAAGGGCAAGUAUAUGUGGCUGGAACGUGCAUUUGAGGACGAAGAGAACGACGAAGAUGAAGACAGCGCCGAAGCGGGUCCCUCAGGCUCGAAACCCGAGAGCAAGGCGGUUAUACCGAAGUCCACCCUUGCACAGGAACUUCAGACCGUUUGCCGUCUUAUCUUCAACAAGAGUCUCAUAGAUGCCCACUUGUCUUCCAUGAACUACGACGCGAAUAAGCUGCCGUUGGGCAAACUUGCGAAGUCCACAAUCCUGAACGGGUUCUCCGCUCUCAAGUCUCUUUCCGAAGUCAUUGCUGAUCCCGCUGGUGCUGUGGCGACUGAAUACGGAAGUUACGCUGCGGCGUGUCAGGAACUCACUAAUACCUACUAUUCCAUCAUUCCUCAUGCCUUUGGGAGAAGUCGGCCCACAGUCAUCAGCGAUAUGGCUAUCCUCAAGAAAGAGCUUGAACUCGUUGACGCCCUAGGAGACAUGGAAGUCGCGCAGAAACUCAUCCAGACUGCGACUCCGAAGGACAAGCAUGGCAAUCCUGUGAACCCACUGGACGCUCAAUUCCUCUCCCUUCAGCUAUCGAACAUGGAACCUAUCAACGCGGACAGCCAGGAGUUCAAGGCAUUAAAUGCUUACGCGAAUGAUACGCACGGCGUCACUCACAGCCACAUGAAGAUUAAUAUUCAGCACGCUUAUCGCGUGGAAAGAGAGUCUGAAACUAAGGCAUGGCAUCAGGGCGGACACAAUAAGCUGGAAGAUGGCAACAGGAUGCUGCUUUGGCACGGUUCUAGGACCACUAACUUCGCCGGUAUACUCCGACAGGGUCUUCGUAUUGCUCCUCCCGAAGCUCCUGUUUCCGGGUACAUGUUCGGUAAAGGCGUGUACUUCGCAGAUAUGGUUUCCAAAUCCGCAGGCUACUGCCAUACCCACUUGAGUGACGGGACGGGUUUGCUACUUCUUUGCGAGGUUGCAGCCAAGCCGUUCUUCGAGCAAGAGAAUGCCAACUAUAACGCCGACAAGGAUUGUAAGGCGAACAACAAGCUUUGCACCCUCGGUCUCGGACAGUGGCGUCCUGAGGUCUGGAAGGACGCUGGCGACGCGUUGGGUAACGAUGCCUUGAAAGGAUGCGUCAUGCCCGAAGGACCAGCGGUCCAGGACCCGAAACACCACAGUCUGUGGUACAAUGAGUACAUCGUGUACGACACGUCGCAGAUCCGCCUGCGCUACAUGAUCAUGUUCAAGACCAAUUGAAGGAACAGGUUGUACUGCGUAUCGCGCGGUAGAUGCUUAACUAACGAACACAGACUGCAAUUGUUUCAUCUUUUCGCUGCAUUCAUAGCCAAAGAUCAUCCUUGUGUUCACCUUGUCUGUAAAUUGCUUCAUGUUUAAAGACGUUGUCGUGUGGCUCGAGACUGGCUUUAGUGUAUAUAUUACCUGCUUCGAAUGUAUAUUUUGCGUAUAUCCCAGCUUCGCUGGCUUCU